AUGACCUUUGACACCGAGAAUGAGGUGCGAGAGUACUACAUCAAAUAUGCUAAAGCAAAAGGCUUUGGUGUGACAAGAAGAAGCUCACACAGUGAUGAUAAUGGGCAAUUGAGGUACCUUACACUUUCCUGCUCUCGCUAUGGUAAGACUCAAUCAAACUCAAGAAAUAUGUUGAAGCCAAAUCCAACAGCCGGGAUAGGAUGUAAAGCUAAAAUUAAUAUUGCACAUGGUCCGGAUGGGAAGCUUCAUCUCUCGACGGCGAUUUUGGAUCAUAAUCACACAUUGAGUCCACAAAAAUCUCGGCUAUUCAGAUGCAAUAAAAAGUUAGAUUUCCAUGUCAAGAGAAGGCUUGAGCUGAAUGACCGUGCUGGAAUACGAGUAAACAAGAAUUUUAAUUCAUUUGUUGUGGCAGCAGAUGGUCAUGACAACCUGACUUUUGGUGAGAAAAAUUGUCGCAAUUUUCUAGAGAAAACUAGAAGGUUAAAACUUGGUAGUGGUGAUGCUGAAGCGGUUCGCGACUAUUUUGUCAAAAUGCAAUCUGCCAAUCCAAACUUUUUUAGUGUCAUGGAUGUUGAUGAUGAAUCCCGACUUAGGAAUGUUUUUUGGGCUGAUGCCAGAAGUAGAGCAGUGUAUGAGUCUUUUCAUGAUGUCAUUACUUUUGACACGACAUAUUUGAUGAACAAAUAUGAUAUGCCUUUUGCUUGUUUUGUUGGUGUGAAUCAUCAUGGCCAUUCAGUGCUACUUGGGUGUGCUUUAUUAUCAAAUGAAGAUACUGCAACAUUUGUCUGGUUAUUCAAUGAGGAAGAGUUUGAAGUUAAGUGUUCAUGUCGCCGCUUUGAGUUCAAAGGUAUUCUCUGUAGGCAUAUCUUAUGUGUGCUCACUCACAUGAAAAUAAAGGAGGUUCCUCCACAAUACAUCCAUGAUCGGUGGAAAAAGAAUGUGAAAAGAAAGCAUAACUUUAUCAGAUGCACAUAUGGCGGCAUGGAAGACACACCUGUUGCAAAACGCUUUGAUAGAUUGUGUGAAUCUUUCUACCCAAUUGCGGAGAUAGGCGCCAUGUCAGAUGCUUCAUGCAAUUCUUUGACUGAAAAGCUUCACGCCCUCAAAAUUGAGUACUCUAGCAACUCAAUUUCUGAAAAUGACAAGGAUCAGGUUGGCACACAGGAAGAUGCGUCUUCUAAUGGGAAGACAACAAGUAAAACUAUUCUAAGUCCAAUACCGGUUAGAUGUGCUGGACGUCCUCCUUCAUUGAGAAAGGAAUCGAAGGUUGAUAAGCUUAUUCGUCAAGCAAACGAGAAGAAGAAGAAAGCUGAACAGAGGGACAAGAAAAAAGCAGAACAGGAGAAAAAGAAAGCUGAACAAAGGGACAAGAAAAAGGCAGAACAGGAGAAGAAGAAAGCUGAACAGAAGAUAUUGUUGCAUAUAUUACGCUCACUCCACAAACUUAAACAAGAAAAGUUAACAGAUUUGUAA